AUGUUUCUACAAUUGACUCCAGUGACAAACAUAGAUGUUAAAGAAGCACUCAUGGAUAUCAUUAAAGCAUCCAUUGAUAAUAAUGCUAGGUUUAAAGAGUUAGAAAAUGAUGAUAGAGAGUAUGAUGAAAGUUAUCGGAGGAAUAAAGAAAGAUUUCUGGAGCAUGAAGAAAGAUUGUGGAAGUAUGUAAAAAGAACGGACCCAAAAAGACAAAAAUUUCAAUCUAAAUGUAUUCAAAUCAGCAAGGAAAUUCUUGAUGAGAAUCCAAUAGUUAUACCCAAUAACCAAGAAAAAGUCAUUGAAGAAAUUGUUAACAAUUACUACAAUCUGAAAAUGAAAAGCACUGGGAAGCAUCAAAGUGAAAAGAAAGCCAUCAUUGGUCAAAUGAGAAUCAAGGUUACAACUGAUAUUAUCACAUUGACAAGACAUGUUCUUGAUGAACAACGUAAAUAUAAAGAUGCAAGUGGAGAUUUGACCACCCUGUUAAAUGCGAUUCAACUUGGUUGUAAAUUUGUAGCUACUAACGUUAGAAAAGCUAGACUUUUAAAUUUGUGA